UUCAUUCGCGUUUAAUUUUUCAAUCCAGCAGCACCUCUCCAAAACGAGCUGCCAUCGGGAAAAGUGGUUUUACAUUCGUUUUAAGUUAAAUAAAUAAAAGUUACGUUGCAGAUCGCGACCAUCUAGUUAAGUGCAACGUAAACAACAUCGGGGAGGUCUGCUUUGACAUCUGUGCCCGAUCCGGGAGUUGCCCCGCUCGCGUGAAGAGUGUGAUGCGAUGGAAGCGAAGUGAGAGGAGCAUCCAGGAAGAAAAAGUAGCUGCUGUCAAAAAAUAGUCAAUAAAAAUUUUCAUCGCUCGUUUUGUUCUGAUAGUGGCUGGAGUUAAUUUUUGGCAUUUUCCCGGGAAAUUGAAGUGAUUUCGUGAAACAAAUUGCCACCCUUAGUGAAUGCAGGAAGUGUUUCAGGGAAAAAAGUCCCCAUUUGGCUCGUGCAAAGUGCCACUAGUGGGAAACGCUCCAGUGCUUUUUUUUUCUUCUCUUCAUCGCCGUCUCCUCCGGAGUGUACAGUUAUAAGUAGUUGAUAGACUUUCUCCCCGGUAGCUGGUGCUGUCUGCUACCGCAAUCCCCUUGCCGUUGCCUGAGUGGCGUUGUGGUUUCUUCGUGUGCAAAAAAUAAAAAAAGUACGAAGGAAGGGGAGGGGUAUCUGCGGUUCGCGUAACAACAGUUUGCCAGUGUUACUGGCAGCAAUAGGAGAAGCAAAAAAUAAACAAAACGAGAGAAAUGACACUGCAUUCGUGGCUGCGGCGACGAGAAACUGGCUUUCCGGCGCGGUUCGGCGACACGGAUUCCGUUCACCGGGCGAUCUACUACUCGCUGGAACCGAAGAAAAGCUGGAACGAUCCACCGAAUGCAUGCAACAGUUGCGAGUACGGUGGCGCGUACAAUCUGGAAUUCUCGCCGGAUGGAACAAUCCUGGUGGCAGCAUGCGAGAAGAAAACGAUCGUACUGUUCGAUCCGAUCACCGAGAAGCAAAUGUGCACCAUCAAGAAUGCUCACAUCGAUAGCGUCAACUGUGUCAAAUUCCUCGACAAUCGGAUGUUUGCCACCUGCUCGGAUGACACCACCGUCGCCCUGUGGGACACCCGGAAUCUCAAAUCGAAAAUCCGCAGCCUGCAAGGUCACUCGAACUGGGUGAAAAACAUUGAAUACUGCAAGAAAGACUGCCUGCUGGUGACGUCCGGCUUCGACGGGUCGAUAUUCACCUGGGACAUCAACAGCUACACCGAGCAGGGCUUCGUCUACCAGAAGGUGUUCCACACGCCCGGCUUGAUGCGCUGCCGGUUAUCGCCGGACGAGAACCGACUGGUGAUAUGCACCACCGGGGGCUAUCUGAUCAUCAUCCACAAUCUCAAUUUGGCCUCGCUGGCCAAGGAUCUGCGCGGAUUCAGGCCCAAUCUCUACCGGUUGAUGCAGCUGCGCCAUCAGUUUAUACCGAAUGCGGCCCGGUACGAUCAGGCCUUCUCCCGCAAACAAAAGUACAACCGAGUCGAGCUGGUCAGCGAUUUUCCGGAAGGAAACGACGCGGAAGUCAUCAGUUCCCUGCAGAUUCAUCCUCAAGGCUGGUGCGCACUCAGCAGGAACAUGAGCUACGAUGAAAGUUCUGAGUGGAGCUGCGUGCACGACAUCCAGGAGAUCUCAUUAGACGAGGACAUGGACAGCGACAGCGAAGACGACGUCUCGGGUGGCGCUUGUGGCGAGCAAAGCCAAAACCAGGACACAUCCACAGCCGGUGAAGGUGGUGGCGGCGAAGAGGAAGAAGGCGGCGGCGGUGGCGUUGCGCCUGCUGCAGUGGCAGCUGCAGCCCUUGUCAACGCAGCCGUUGGAGAACCCGCGGAACCGAACCGUAUCGGACCCAAUAACAACAACAACAACAAUAACAAUAACAAUCAGGCAAACAAUGAAUUCCAUGCGCCGAAUUCGGACAUUUGGGCCGCCGAAGUGUCCCUGCGGAAUCGAAAUCUCCGAGUGGAAAACACCCGUUCGUUGAACAUGGCCAACGUGUACGGCAUCACCAGUGGAUUGAUUCCACUUUCCCCGGCAGAACAUCAGCAAAAGUUCCAGCAGACCAUCACGGUCAAUAUCAAUCGGAUGUUGUACUACAUCGAGGAACCGAACAAAGGUAAGGGUUUCAUCAAGGAACCGAGCUUUUCCGCUGAUGGUCGGGUGAUCUGCUCGCCCCAUGGGUACGGCAUUCGGCUGUUGGCAUUCAACGAGCACUGCGACGAAUUGCCAUUCAUAACGGAUCGGGAAGAUGCCGGGCCGAAACCGUUCCACGAGAUCAAAACCAAACACUGCCACUCGGAUGUGGUGGUUAGCAGUAAGUUCAGUCCCAAGUUUCCGCUGCUGGUGUCCGGUUGCUUGAGGGGUAAGAUCGUGUGGCACCAACCGGUACUGUAAGGUGGAUGAAUGUUGUUUGUGCUGUGUGAGCGGAUGAAUGAAUGUUGACGAGCGAUUUGGUACCAUCCCUGGAUGUACUUAUUCGACGAGGAAUGCUUCCCCGGGUUGUCGACUUAAAGGUUCGAGUUUUUCCCCAUUGGGAUAGACACACGUAGACACUCAGAAGGAUUUGUUUUGUCGGUUGGAUUCUCAUGGAAAGAAACUCCUCGUCCUCGAUUGAGAGGCAUAAACCACGUAAAGGCAUUUAGGCAGGGCGCGCAUAAGGCGCACCAUAACUUAAACCAUCACUUUCACUUUGAUUGAGAAGCGGAGUGACUAUUUGAUAGAUUGAUAGGUUGGUGAUUAAACACUAUUUGAAGCAAGGACAAAU